AUGUCAUGGGGCCAGAUGAUUGUGCAGGAAGAACAGAACUCAUAUGAAGAGAUCUGGUGCAACCAUUGUGAAUUGGGUGAAAGUAGAGUUCCAACAGAGUUUGGUGAGAUUGGAACACAGGCCCUAUUACAGGAGUCAGUAGAAUCAGCAGGAUCACAUUCACUACAACAGGCCUCACAAGACUUGGCUCAAGAGAAACCUCUAUCACCAAUAUGGCAAAGGGAUGGCAGAGAACAUGGGAAGAGUUGCCACUGUAAGAAGCAGGGACCUUGCACAAUGAUGAAGUUGGUGCAGACAAAUGGGUGCUGGCAACAGGAGGGAGAUGAAAGGAGACAGGUUGCCACUCAGAUGAAGUGGGAAUGGCCCCCUGAUGAGGAUGAAGUAGCACAAGGGCUGUCCAUCCACAAGAGGGAGGGAAAGCAGUGCCAGAGAGCAGCAGCUCAAUGUGGAUGGAAAAUGGCAGGGCAAAUAAGGAGGAGACAUAAGGUUGAGGAGGCUUCACCAAGCAGGAGCAGUGUUGUGUCACAGGGCCAGUGGGCCAGCAUAUGA